AUGUUCUUCUGGAGAUGUAAAACGUUGAGCCUUUCCCACCUCUUUUUUGCGGAUGACGUCUUUCUAUUUUGUGGAGCUGAUUUGACUUCGAUCUCUCUUUUAAAGAAUGGUUUAGACACCUUCUCUGCAUGGAGUGGACUCAAGCCAAACUCCAAUAAAAGUGAGAUCUUUCUUGCUAGAGGGUCGCCAACCUUGCGAAGCGAGAUUCUCCUUGCUUUUGGCUUCAUUGAGGGGACAUUGCCAGUGCGUUAUCUUGAAGUUCCUAUUAUCUCAUCCAGGCUUGACAAGGCGGAUUGUAUCUCCAUCGUGGAUCGCAUAACCAAUAGGGUCCAAUCGUGGACUCAACACUUCCUCUCAUUUGCUGGUCGUCUUAAGCUUAUAAGGUCAGUUCUCCAUGCAAUCCAAGCAUACUGGGCAAGUGUAUUUACUAUCCCUAUUGCAGUAUUGGAUCGCAUUGAGCAGAUCUUGAGACAGUUUCUCUGGAAGGGCCCUGGAUUGGGGAGGGGUGGAGCUAAGGUCUCAUGGGAUGAUGUUUGCCUUCCUAAGGAGGAAGGAGGGUUAGGUAUUCGCAAUCUGAGGGACUGGUUGGAGACGGCCGUUCUAUCUCUUUCUGGAGGUGCUUCCGGUUUAUUCUCUACUUCGGCGUGGCAACUUAUAAGGAAGAAGAAGCCUCGGGUCAAUUGGGCUUCCUUGAUCUGGAACAAUGCUAUAUCUCCAAGAUAUCAGUUCAACCUCUGGCUUAUCACCAAGAACCGUCUUCCUACUCAGGCCAUGCUUUUGUCUCAUGGCAGAAUUGCGGAUGCGAUGUGUGCCUUUUGCAAGUCGACGCCAGAUUCUAUUGAUCAUUUGUUUUUUGGAUGUAGCAUUUCAGCCAGGUUAGCAUUCUUGUGGGCGGCUAGAUGUAACCUCCCUUGGCGUAACAGGACUUGGGCCGACAACCUUAACUGGGCUCUGAAGUUCCUUCCCGGUAAGGAUUUCUAUCACUCCAUCGCCCGAUUUUCCUUUGGAGCUCCCUGCCACCUUAUUUGGAAAUACAGGAAUGAGAUUAUGUUUAGAAAUUACACCUUCACGGUUCCAGCUCUGAAGAAUCACUUGAUUAAAGUUGUUAAGGAUAAGGCGUUGACUUUCACUAAUGUUGAAGACAAUCCAAGAAAUAGGAGGCUUCAAUGCACUUGA